UCUCCAGCUGUGAUCUAACGGACAGUAUGACUCAGCAGGUCUGAUGAUAAUAGAGUUUAAGCUCCACUCCACGGUAAAUCACGAGGUUGUGGCGCCGUGUCGUGACGUAGGCAGUGACGUCAGUUUGUUGGGCUUCCCCGAUCAGACUUUAGCACAGAAGCAGGAGAUCAGAAAACGUCUCCAAAAACAUGGCUCUGAAUCGGAAUCACUCGCAAAACGGCGGCGUUUUGAUAAACAACGGAGAAAGUGUUUUAAGGGAGUGUAAGAAUGUGGAGCUGUCAUUCAGCGAUGUCAACGGCAAGACAGACCUGCUUAAAGGGACCAAGAAGGGAACCAUUUAUCUCACACCAUACAGGCUGCUGUUUGUGUCCAGUAAUACCAAGGAUUGCAUGGGGUCAGCCAUGUUCCCCUACUAUCUGAUGAAGGGCUGCAGCAUUGAGCAGCCAGUCUUUGCUGCAAACUACAUUAAAGGGACGGUGUCUGCUGAGCCUGGUGGUGGCUGGGAGGGCCAGGCCAGCUUCAAGAUGUCAUUCACCAGCGGGGGAGCCAUAGAGGUGGGACAGCAUCUCUUCAAACUGGCCACUAAUGCUUCUCGCGCAGCCCCUGCACAAAACGGCGCUGCCUCUUUCGGCUAUCCUUCUCCUGGAAUGAUGAACGGCUACGGCCCACCUCCCCCUGCUCCUCAGGGAUACACCUACACACCCUCUCCACAGCAGAAUGGAUUCUACCAGGGCCCUCCCCCUCAAGCUGCCAACAUGGGCUACCCCAUGCCGAUGCCUGCUACAGGAAUGUACCCGGCUGGUUUUGACUACAUGGCCCCACCUCCCCCGUACCCUGGGCCUCCCCAGAACUGGGCUGCAACCCCUCCCCAGAACUGGGCCGCAGCACCACAAGCACCUCAAGGUAAUUCCAAGGCGGCCGAAGCUGCGGGCAGUGCGUACUACAAUCCCAGCAACCCACACAACGUCUACAUGCCCAUGGAGCGACCUCCCCCAUACGCACCGUACCCAAACUCUCCUGAGAAGAAAAGCAACUGAAGCAACAUCACUUCCGCGACACUCCUCCUCCUCUCCUCUUCCUCUGUAUCUAAAAAUAAACCCUUAAACAAGGACGGUGGAUACUCAGAAAAGAAAAAGCAAGUUAACAGACGGUUCAAAGAGGAUAACGACAUUUUACAAAAUCAAUCGCAUCUUUAAAAAUACCAAUUUAAGUUCAUGUAAAAUGAUUGACAACUUGUAACCAUAGCUAGACUCAUUAACAUUCUCAAUGAUGGGAUUUAUUCCUCUCUAAUUCUCUAGCAUGUAGGGAAGAGCUGAAAGCAGAGUGCAUUGUGGGGAAUGUAUUUUUUAAGAUGGAUUUAUUACCAAAACAUUUUCUAGCUAUUUCUGGAUUGCAGUUCCUGUAGUUAUUAACAAAAGCAUCUCUUAUUAUUAUUAUUAUUAUUAUUAUUAUAAAUAAGUAUUUUGCAGUAUCAUUGUAGUUACAGUGUGUUUCCUAUACAGUUUUGCGUCAAAAUACAAAAAUAAACGUGUUUAAAAGUGUUUAAUGAUACGAUUGAUUAUCAAACGGUGAUUAGUUUCCCACACGUGAUCCUGCACUACAUCACAGUCCAAAUGAUUCCAUUCAUUCUCAAGUUAAUAUAUGAAGUAGAGGUUUUUUGUUAUGAAAAGGAGCAAAGCGUCGUUACAUAACAGUUCUAUGUAUGUGCAAUAUAUUUCCACCUCUCAUCACAGGGUCAAACGUCACAGCUGGGGUUACCUGACUGACCCCGGGCUCUACUCCCAGCUUCUUUUAUUCAAAGCUGAAACCAGAACUGUCUUUGUGUAAUUACACUAGUGUGAGGUUACAGGGCCACCGAGGGCCCUUAGGCUUGCUGUUUAAACCUCUGAAUGCAAACCGUUUAUGGAUUGGAGUGUUAUCCCCUCUCAUCAAACAUCAGUAUACAGCUGUUUAAUUUGCACACAGUUGAAGUGGAUUUGUCUUGUUUUAGUUUGCUUGAAUUAACCAAAUGUGUUUGUGUAUAUUAAUAUCUUCUUUUGCAGUUAUUUGUUUCCUUCUGCGGAUUUUUGUCUGUCGAUUUAAAAUCUAAUAAAUAAAUCAUUUAUUGAA